ACAUGCUGGGCUUUUAGUAAAGCAACCACACGUUUGUUCAAAGCUAGCUGGUUAGCCCCAGUGUUUCUUGCAAGUAUUUUUUGGAGUUUUUCUCUGAUUUAGCAGCUAAUUCUACAGCGCACUGCACGUACGACACAAGAAUGAAUUAUUCAGAUUACGACUCGGAUGGUUAUUCAUCAAACGAAGAUGAAGACUAUGUCCCUUCAGAUGAUAACUUGAGUGAGGAUGACAUUAAUGAUUGUGUAAAGGAGGAUGCGCUGGAAGGGGAGGAUCACGACCGGCAGACGCCGGAAAAUUUAACAAAGAAAAAGAAGAAAAGUAAAGCAGAUGUCCAUAUGAGAAAAAGGAAAAAAGGAGGCCUCAAACUGGUGGAGGAUGGCGAGGCAAGUACAGCAGAUCAGCAGAAGGACGAAGAUGAGCCAAAGGAAGACGAUUUUGUAACCAAGUCAGUAGGAGACAUUGAAGAGCGGCAGAAGAAGAAAGCAGAUGAUCUUUGGGCUAGUUUUCUGAGUGAUAUCCCUAGACCCAAAGCAGAAGUUCCAAGUGCAAGCUCUCAGAAGUUCACAUCCGCAGCUGCUACAGAUGAACCCAGUAAACUCUCUACAGCGUCUUCCCAGAAGGAGGACAAACCCAAAGAUUCCUCCAAAAUCACAAUUACUAAGGUGUUCGAUUUUGCUGGAGAAGAGGUUCGGGUCACUAAAGAGGUGGAUGCCAGAUCACGUGAAGCCAAGAGUUUUUUGAAAAACGAAGAGAAGUUGCUGGAGGACACAAAAGAGCCAUCCGUGUCCUCUGAACCACAGCCACCCCAUCCGCUCUCCUCUGGAUCCAGUGCGAAGAGACCAGCAGGCAUGGGGAGCAUCCUGAAUCGCAUUGGGGCCAAAAAGCAGAAGAUGAGCACUCUGGAGAAGUCGAAGAUGGACUGGGAUGCCUUUAAAUCAGAGGAGGGCAUCACAGAUGAGCUGGCAAUCCAUAAUCGAGGCAAAGAAGGGUACGUGGAGCGAAAAAACUUCCUCGAGCGAGUGGACCAGCGCCAGUUUGAGCUGGAGAAAACUGUGCGUCUGAACAAUAUGAAACGGUGACAAGAGGAGAGAGCAGAUACACUCACUGAUCAAAACACAGACUGUCACAGAAUCACACUGCAUACACUCAUGCUUUUCAGUAUUUUUUCUUAGCUCCUUAGUCCUCUGAAAUCUGUCUGAAUUCAUAUUCACAUGUACAUUUUGUUUAUAGACUAGCUUCUUUUUUCGGAUUCUACUCUUCCUUUGUCUAAAAUUGCAUCUCCACAUCUAUCAUGACUUCUUUAAUAGCAAAGUCGGCUCAAGGUGUGUGUGUUCUUCAACAAAUGUCUCCAAAACAUUUUAGAAUCCACUGAAAUACAUCUUAUAGUUGACAUUUAAAGUGAUAGUUCACCUAAAAUUGCUUAUUCUGUUAACGUUUACUCAUCAUUCAUUCUUCCAAUCUCACCUUGCUUCUGUUGAGCACAAAGGAAGACAUACUGAAGAAUGUUGGGGAAAAAACAGCCAUUGACCUCCAUUGUGUUGUUGUUCCUACUAUGAAUGGCAAUGGCAUGUUUGACAUUCUUUUCAUUCUUUAGAAUAUUUUGUUUGGUGUUCAACAGAAGAAAGAUAUUUAUAAUAGUAUGGAGCCAUUUGAGUGUAAGUAAAUUAGGAAAUGUUUGUUGUUGGAUAAAUGAUCCCUUUAAGGGAAUGAAGACAUCAAGAUCUAAAUAAAAAUGUUCUUG